AGAAGUCUCCUUGUUUUGCGGGUCAGUCGAGUGGUGAUCAGUGAACCAUCAGCACUAAGUUGUGCUUGUCGCCCAGUUGUCAUUCAACUGUUUUCAAGGUUUUUUUUUAUUUUCAUCAAAAAGGUAGACAAUGGCUGGCUCCGGCAUCAAGGAGAAGUUGGGCGUGGAGGAGAUUACGAGAGGGAUUUGGAAGGCGCUUCUCGCGGAGUUCCUAGGCAACCUGCUGCUUAACUUCUACGGAUGUGCGAGUUGCGUCGGCGCUGAAGACAAUGGAAAGAGUCCAGUGUUGGUUUCCCUCACUUUCGGGCUUGUCAUUAUGGCCAUUGUUCAGUCUGUCGGUCAUGUGAGCGGGGCACAUGUGAAUCCAGCAGUGACAUGUGGCAUGCUUGUUACUGGGAAUAUCUCCAUUCUUAAAGCACUGCUCUAUGUUGCUGUUCAAUGUCUUGGGGCAGUUGCAGGCACUGGAGUGCUUAAGGCUCUAACUCCACUAGAAUCACAGAAAAAAUUGGGCAUUACUCUACUAAGUGAUGGCGUGACACCUAUACAAGGCUUUGGUAUUGAGUACUUCCUUGGAUUUGUGCUUGUAUUAGUAGUGUUUGGGGUGUGUGAUGUGAACCGCUCUGAAGUGAAGGGCCUGGCUCCUGUUGCCAUUGGACUUACCAUUGCCAUGGGACACCUUGCUGUACUGGAUUAUACAGGUUCCAGUAUGAAUCCUGCACGUACCCUUGGUUCUGCUAUAAUAACAGGAAUAUGGGAAAAUCACUGGGUGUAUUGGCUGGGCCCCAUACUUGGAGGGAUCUCUGCUGCCUUGAUAUACAAGCACGCUUUCGCUGCAGUUCCCAGGGAGAUAACCACAGAAUACACUCCAGUGCAGUUGAAGCGACUGGACAAUAAGAAAGAUGAAGAUGGAAUGGCUUGAAAACACUGGAUGAAAUACUUCAGCUAAUCUGCUUUUCAAGUUCAGCAUGGAAUUGUUCAGAAAAACGACCACUGAGUAUUUUGCAGGAUGAUCUGGAAAACAGCUCAGUUGUCAAAAUUGUGAAAAGACUAUAAACAGACCUGUCUGAAACAGGCAUUUUUCUCUGCAAUGGAAUACACUGGAACUCAACUUGAUAUUAUAGACCGCAUGAGCAAUUUCAAGUGAUAUUCCAUAAGCUGGUCCUAGAAGCUUAGUGCAUCAAAGAGAACAAAAGAGUGACAAGUUGAAUUAAACUCUGAAGCAUUCAUGUAGCAUAUCACCCAUUAUCCUCUCCAUUUCUGUAAAGUGAAACAAAUUCAGUGCUAGGAGGAGUAUUUUCUUUAGUCUAAUAC